AUGCUGAAGGUUUCUUUUUAUGCUACUGCUCUGACACCUGUUGUCCAGGCACUAAUACAACCUACAAAACUAUUGAGGGCCUUAAAAAGCACAUCAAGAAAACUAGACAAGUUCAAGUUGAUCCAAAUACAAGACCACCUCAGCACAUUGAUUUUCACCAGUAGUAGGGGAUAUGUCUGGGGACCAGGACACAGGAGGGUUUCAAUCAUAGUGAUUCAAAAGCGUGAAAAAAUUCCCGAGUACAGGAAGCAUAAGCCAGGGUUUCUCGAAACGGACCUAUUCAUUAACGAAAUACUUGAGGAGUACCUCUGGCCUGAUUUUGACAUGGAAAAGGAUGUCCCAAUUAUGUUUGCGAUGGGCACGGAACUAUGCAAAGCACUUGCCAAACAUUGUGUGACGCUAGCACAUCAAAUGCUUUUUGCUGUGGGGAACAAAACAGGUGGUGAAGUAGGAGCUCCGCCAGACUGGCGUAAUGCUUGCAGAUUAUUGAACCUACUGGGGACUGGGACAUGCAUCAGAUUGGACUUACUGGAGGCAUUUGUCCGGCAUACAAAUGAAGACUGUUGGCAAAUCAGUUCUGGAUGGAUAAAGCUUUCCUCCACCGAACGUGCCAAUCUAGCCUUGAACCUUCUCUCUGAAAACCCCGAUGGAGGUGAUGCUUCACAUGCCAUAGAUUCGCAGACGGAGUCUUCCAUCAGCAGUGAUGAGGAGCACAAAUCUACCAUUGAAGGGAGCUUGCCUACCAUUGAAGGAAGCUUGCCUACCACCGAAGGGAGCUUGCCUACCAACGCUGACGCUGUGCCUACUAACAUGGUCACUGUUGCAGUAGAUGCAGCGGACGGCUAUGCUGAAGUGGAUGCAGCUGUUGCUGCAGGCAGUAUCCUCAAUGUGCACAUGAGUGUGUACUUUAAUGUCCCUGUGGACAAUAAACCUGGGGUGACCAUCUACUAUAUCACGAGGGGCCAAAAGUCAGGAUGUUCUACGGAUGGUAUGUUUGUUGAAUCCCUUGGACGGAACAAUGCUGGUCCAUGGGUCCAAGGUGUCAGUCGCACUCUCUUUGCGAAAGUGGCCUCCGUGGAUGACGGGAUUGAUGUUGUCAAGUCUGCAAUUGAGGCUGGUGUUGCUUGUAGCAACUAUGAACCAAAUGCUCGGCUCAACAAUUCAUUGCCAGACAAGCUUCUCAUCAUAGAGAGCUUGAUCAAGUACUGUGAGGCGCUGGAGCACUUGGGGGCGCAGGAGACUUUGCGGAUAAUGAUUUUUGAAUUCCUCAGUGUUUGCCUGUUCUAUUGGUACCAAGAUCUCCCAGUAUUUGAGCCAAGUAGACUCAACCGUUUGAAUAACUACACUAAUUCUAAGUACCUCACCCUCACAGAGAAAACUGCUGCAUUGCACAAACAGAAGAUGGACUACACACAGUCUGAGAGGUACAUCAUUAUAGUACAGUACAUAGUCAUCAUUCUUGAUCUCAACAUUAUUAACUAUGCCAAAGCACACAGCCGCAAAGGCUCAUCAAAGCCAUCCCUAGUAUCAUCUCAGCUUCCACCCUUGCCUCAAGCUCUCAUCAAUCUUGCAACCACAUCCCUUCCAGACAGUGAUCCAUUUUAUUGCGCUUCUCAAAGUGCAGAUAAUCUGGAUGAAUCGGAGCUCCCACAAUGGGACAGUAAUCUACCCUACGCUAUACCUCAUCCAUCCAACACUCCAGCAGUGGUUCAAUUCACAGAAAACCUUGUGCAGGUCAUGCAUGGCCAUAACUCACACUUAGAGAAGGAGCAGCUACAACAACAUGCAUGGAAGUACAAUGCAGGAGGGCCAGAUCUUUGUACAGAGUUGAAACACGCUAUUGGUGUGCUGCUGGGACAGUGGUACAUAUUGCAAGACUAUAUAUCUGAUGCAAGGGACUGCGAUAGACACAUCAAGAUGGCCCAAUGUCUCUUGCAAUGGUGUGCAUGCAGGAUUUAUCUCUAUCACACCAAGGUUCAGAAGAUAUUGAGCGGACUUGAUCUAUACAUUUAG